AGUGCAGAAACUGCACAUAGAAAGAGAGAGACGAAUGUGUUACAGUUCAUCAGGAAUUACUGAAGUAAAUAAUUCCACCCAAUUCUGAAAAAGAAAAGCCUCAUCAGGAAUUUUUAUAAAUCUGCAAACCAACAAAAUGAAAGCCUAUCUAGAACUGACCUGAUGCAAAGUGGUGGACCUUUUGCAGUCACCAUGAUGGAUACCUAAAAUGUCACCAUGGCAACACAUUUCUGGUGCUAGGAUUAGUUGUCGUGGCUACAGUCUGGAGCGUGGAUGCAAGAUGCCUGGACACCAGACCUGCGGUUCAGUACCCGCGACACUUGUUCUACCAUGGUAUCAGCAUCCCGAUCGUUCUGGAGAACUCCAUGCGGGCCUCACACAACAUAACCAAUCAUAUCCUGAAGAUCCUGCUGGAGGAAGUGGUCGGAUAUGAACGCGUAGAGAUACGUGACAAGGAUACCAUGAACGCCACCUUGAUCAUGAACCGAAUAUCGGGAUGUCCAGAAACUGGGUGUGUAGAGGGUGUCGAUAGGUCGCAACCAGAAACCAUGGUGAACACUGAGGUCUGGAUGAUGGCAGGGUUUAGCCGUCUACCUUGGACCAAACAUGGCAACGUUAUAGACCUUGGCCCCCUUGGACCAUUUGGCAGACUGGGCUGGUUCAUGCGCUCUACAACUGUGGACGCACUCUGGCAGGACAACAUAAUAGCAGACCAUUGGCGCGCCCUCAACCUCCCCGCGGUCAUACGCAACUUCACCCUCGCAGAGAGCAUCGACCAAGUGAAGCGACUAGCCCGCACUGGUGAUCCUGCGCGCCCGUACUAUUGUCACAAACCAGACUGUGUGGAGGGGAUAUUCUACGGCCCAAAGUGCAACCCAAACAACAUGUACACAUGCUCCACCCUGCUGGCUAGUUACCCAGAAAUGGACAUGGGUGCCUUGAAGGCGCAGGUAAUGAACCUAAACCUGCCAGUGAACAUAGCCUGGAUUGGUCCUCACUUGCAGUCCUUUGUCCAGGACCGGGUCAGCAGUCAGAAUCGGCCUGUUCUCUUCUUCAGCUGGGAACCAAACCCCCUCACGGCAGGGAAACUGUUCACUCGCGUUAAAUUUCCCCUCUGCCAGAAUGACCCGACCCAACUCCCCUCUGACUGCGACUUCGGACUGAACCAGUUCACCAAAGUGGUUUGGUCCAAAGUUAAAACCAGCAUUCCAGAAGCAUAUCAUGUGAUCUCAAAGAUGACAUUCCACCAGGAUGAAUAUGUGCGUCUGCUCCAGCUACGCAAUUCAAAUGCGUAUGACGUAGCCUGCAACUGGACGAAGGAAAACGAGGCAAUCUGGAAAACAUGGCUCCCUGAAAAUCUGUCCAAUAAAACCAGAAUCUACCUCGGUGGCUUGUUUCCGAUGUCAGGGCUGUACUGGUCAGAACCGGGCCUGGUUCAAGGUGGUGAGUUGGCCUUGGACCUCAUCAACAAUGACUCCAGCAUCCUGCCUGAACAUCGGCUGGAGAUGGUGGUGUCAAACACUGAGUGUCUGCCAGACGUCGCCAUGAAGGCCUUUAUCAAAUACAUCACCAACACCACUGUCCCUAUUGCUGGAAUUCUAGGGCCAGGUUGUUCCGAUGAAGCUGAGCCCAUAGCUGCCCUGUCCCGACAUUUCAACAUGCUCACCAUCAGCUAUGGGGCAGAGGCCUCCUCGCUGUCAGACAGACAGAAAUACCCGUACUUCUACCGCACCAUUCCACAGCUGGACCACCACAAGUUUGUGUACGAGAGCUUCUUCAAGGCGAUGAACUGGCACCAGGUGGGGGCAAUAUCAGAGGGCGGUCAGGAGUUCCCGGAGUACCACCUGCUCCUACAGGACCACCUGCAGCAUUCUGGGAUAUCCGUGGUCGUCAAGAAGCAGCUAGUGCGUAACUACCAGCUCAACCAGGUCGAUGUGUCACAGAUCUUUGCUGACUUGCGCGCGCAGAACGUGCGUGUCAUCAUCGCUGACUUCUUUGUGUUUGCAGCCAGAGCCGUAAUGUGUGAGGCAUGGAGGCAGCGUAUGACAGCCCACGAGGGUUAUGUCUGGUUCCUGCCGUCCUGGUACAGUGAGGACUGGUGGGACGUGGACUACUACAACUCCCGGCCCCACCCUGGGGACUCCCGCCCCCAGGAACACAUCCCCUGCACCACCAACAACAUGGAGUACGCCAUAGACGGCCACUUUGUCCUCCAGAAGACGUACACUGACCCUGACAACACCACUGUGGUUGGUGGCAUCAAUAUCAGUCACUACAAGAUGAUGUACGCUCAAAGGGUGGGCAAAGCUGAUCGAUACAGAACUCCAUUUGCAUCCUACGUGUAUGACGCUGUGUGGACGUACGCAAAGGCUCUUGACCGAGUUCUGAGACGAUCCCCUGGCGCUCUUGAGAACAUCCACUCCAAUGAAAAUACAAAGUUAUUAGUGGAGGAAAUAAACAGAACCAAUUUCCAAGGUGUGUCAGGUCACAUAAUGUUCAGUGGAGGUGAUCGCCCUGGUAACAUCUCCAUCGUUCAGAAGUUCCUGAAUGAGACACGGCUGGUUGGUCGGUAUGAGCCAGGCCCUAGCAACCAGAAGGGGACCCUGCAGAUCCACAAUGAGAAGCUUGCAUGGCUUACACCAGGUGGUGUACAGCCCAGUGACGGCAACCCAGAAGGGAAUCAGUGCGUUGUCGAGGGUUUCCGUCACCUGUUGAGCACAUCAUGUGAGAUGGCCAUUGUGAUCGCAAACGUGAUGGCGUUCUCCAUCUUCGCCAUCAUCCUGGUCAUCAUCCUCAUCUUCUUCAAACUCAGGUACGACAAGAAAGUGGCAGCAACACACCAGCGGAUGAAGGAGCUGGGUCUGAUUGGAGGAGACUUCUCUCAGUGCUUCUCACUGGACGAAUGGGAGAUCCCGAAGGACAAGGUGGUUCUUAACCGCAAGCUCGGUGAGGGAGCAUUUGGGACGGUGUUUGGGGGGGAGGCCCAGAUGGAUGAUGAUGGCUGCUGGACGGCCGUCGCCGUGAAGACGCUCAAGGUGGGCUCUACUGUGCAGGAGAAGGUGGAUUUUUUGAGUGAGGCCGAGCUGAUGAAACGGUUCAGCCAUCACAACAUCGUCUCAUUGCUGGGUGUCUGCACCAGGGAGGAGCCAGUCUACAACAUAAUGGAGUUCCUGCUGCAUGGUGAUCUCAAGACGUACCUGUUGUCUCGGAGGAACCUGGUUGGUUCCCAGGUGCGGGAAGCAGAGGAUGUCAAUGCAGACAAACUCACCCAGAUGGCUCUCGAUGUGGCCCAUGGCCUCAGAUACAUGCACAACCUCAAAUAUGUACACAGGGAUCUUGCCUGUCGUAACUGUCUGGUUCACUCUAAUGGCACAGUGAAGAUUGGAGACUUCGGUAUGACCAGGCCCACAUGUGAUACAGACUAUUACAGAUUUAACAAAAAAGGGAUGUUGCCGGUGCGCUGGAUGUCUCCAGAGAGUCUGUCUGACGGGUUUUUCACGGCCAAGUCCGACAUCUGGAGUUACGGCAUUCUCACGUAUGAGAUCAUUACGUUUGGAAGCUUUCCCUACCAGGGAAUGUCCAACAACCAGGUGCUGGAGUUCGUGAAGAACGGGGGCCGACUAGUGCUGCCUAGGAACUGUCCAGAGAAUCUGUGCAAUUUCAUUUACGGGUGUCUGGAAGUGGACAUGAGUAUGCGUCUGGACAUUGAAGACAUUAUUGACGAUCUCACGAAAAACUUGGAACUCCUUCAACCGUGUCUCAAUGCCCCAACCACAAGCGUAGUGAUCGAGGAUUCCGAAUCUAUUGAAAUUCCUGCAGCUUCUUGUCAGAACACUGCAACACAAAUCAACGCUGCCAAGUUUAGUGCUCUCAUUAAUCGUAGAUCGUUCUACGGCAGCAGUUCUCAGGAGAAACUGAAUGGUGUGAACGUGAAACGGUGGAGUGGCUCCAACAUGGUGAAACCAAACACGUGUAAUAUUAAAGCCCCUGUAAAAACGUUUGUACCAGCAAUGGCUGGACGACCCAGGAGUAACAGUUUGGAUGAUUGUGGCUAUGCUAUCCAUGGUAACCAAAACUCUAAAGCCAUGUAUUCGUAUUCGCCUUCACGGACUAGAAAGGACAAGUCUAAAAGACAUUCGGAUGAGAUUUCAGGUCCCCGUUAUAACAAGUAUAUACCCUUGCUUAGCAACGUGUCGUAUUAUUAUGCUGAUAAAUCCCCUGACUAUUACAGUGAUACUUCUAAAGAACUCUUUCAGAACAUCACGUCCGUAUGACAAUGAAGCACAGUGCAACCAGGCAGGAUUUUGUUUUAGCAAUUUUUAAAUUAUUUUCUUUCUGUUUAACGAUUUUCUUUGCGCUAUUGGUUUAGUGAAUUUUGUAACAACUUUUAUAUUUUUGAUAAUGAAGUUUGUAUAUUUAAUAGUGUUUGUAAUAAUUAAAUGAGAUACAAUAAUGAAGUAUGUCCUUUGUUACUUCGAUAAGGGAAGACAUACUCCUUUUAAUCAAUUUGAGAAAAAAUAAUUUAAACUUUAGGAAAAAACGUGAAUAGGCAGUUGUAGAAUAUGGUUGUACUGUGCUUCAAUGGUCGAGGGGUCGCAUGUUAUUCACUCAUCUGUACCCUUGGACAUACUAGUAAUCUAUAACCCUUUCAUAUCAGGUCAUGUUUGUUGAGGAUUGUGUGAAUCUGAAUGUAUCACUGAAAGGAGCAGUGUCAGUACUAAAGCCAGAAUUAUUCUGACUAGACUAUUUGGGCCGUGCUCUGUGAAAAGGGGGUUCAAUGCAUGUGCAUAAAGUGUUGUCCCAGAUUAGCCUGUGCAGUCUUCUUAGCAAAAAUCCAGUUUAGGUGGAAAGUUUCGUCACUGAGACAAUAUUCCACCUAUCCAACAAAUAUCCUCUAUAUUACCCAACUUGUGUAAGUCGGCUUUUUUACAAAAGGUUAAAAAUCAGUGUUUUUUAUUUCAAAUAUCGUUGUUUUAAUGUUUAGACUCGGUUCAAGGAUUAUUAUUACCCAAUAAAGACAACUUGUAUGUUAUUUAAAUAAAUUAACAAGUACAUGUACCUGGCAUUUAUCAAAAUUGGUCAUGAAAGUAUUUUCAAAUAGAAAAGAUUAAACUCAUACUAUUCUUUUUACAAUGUAUUUUUAGCUCACCUGUCACGAAGUUACAUGGUGAGCUUAUGUGACCGUGUGAUGUCCGGCGUCUGUUGUGUGUGCGUGCGUGUGUCCGUCAACAAUUUGUUUGUGUAGACAGUAGAGGUCACAGUUUUCAUCCAAUCUUUAUGAAAUUUGGUCAGAAUGUUUAUCUUGAUGAAAUCUGGGUUGGGAUUGUAUUUGGGUUAUCUGGGGUCAAAAACUAGGUCACUAGGUCAAAAACUAGGUCACAUAAUAGCUCAAAUAAUAGAAAAACCUUGCGUAGUUAAUAGAGGUCGCAGUUUUCAUCCAAUCUUUAUGAAAUUUGGUCAGAAUGUUUAUCUUGAUGAAAUCUGGCUUGGGAAUGUAUUUGGGUCAUCUGGGGUCAAAAACUAGGUCACUAGGUCAAAAACUAGGUCAAAUAAUAGAAAAACCUUGUGUAGACAAUUAAGGUCGCAGUUUUCAUCCAAUCUUUAUGAAAUUUGGUCAGUAUGUUUAUCUUGAUGAAAUCUGGGUUGGGAUUGUAUUUGGGUCAUCUGAGGUCAAAAACUAGGUCACUAGGUCAAAUAAUAGAAAAAACGUCAACAAUUUGUUUGUGUAGACAGAAGAGGUCACAGUUUUUAUCCAAUCUUUAUGAAAUUUGGUCAGAAUGUUUAUCUUGAUGAAAUCUGGGUUGGGAUUGUAUUUGGGUCAUCUUGGGUCAAAAACUAGGUCACUAGGUCAAAAACUAGGUCACUAGGUGAAAUAAUAGAAAAACCUUGCAUAGACAAUAGAGGUAGCAGUUUUCAUCCAAUCUUUUUAAAAUUUGUCAGAAUGUUUAUCUUGAUGAAAUCUGGGUUGGGAGUGUAUUUGGGUCAUCUUCGGUCAAAAACUAGGUCACUAGGUCAAAUAAUAGAAAAACCUUGUGUAGACAAUAGAGGUCACAGUUUUCAUCCAAUCUUCAUAAAAUUUGGUCAGAAUGUUUGUCGUGAUGAAAUCUGGGCUGGGAUUGUAUUUGGGUCUCCUGGGGUCAAAAACUAGGUCAGUAGGUCAAAUAUUAGAAAAACCUUGUGUAGACAAUAGAGGUCACAGUUUUCAUCCAAUCUUUAUGAAAUUUGGUCAGAAUGUUUAUCUUGAUGAAAACUGGGUUGGGAUUGUAUUUGGUUAGUCGGGUGAGCGAUUCAGGGCCAUCAUGACCCUCUUGUUUUAGAGUAUUUGUCUAUUAGCAGGAAUAUUUGUACUGCUGGAAGUUUGUAUCAUUUUAGUUCAAGAUUCUAAUGGCCAUGAUUUUGUGUUCAAGAAAAUAAAUUAUUAUCAAAUCUCAUACAAUUAAGUUUCAGUAUGAACUCUGGUAUUUCUAGUUGGAUGUUAGAUUCUGAUCAAAUAUUUUAUUUUAAAUUUUAAUUGUUACAUUUUAAAAUAAAAAUAUGUUUGUGUUAUAUGCUGUUGUUGUUUUGUAUGCUUGUAAACAUAUUAUAUCCUGAAAAUUGUGCAAAAUUUAUUUUAAUUUGAACCUUUUUAGUUUAAACUAUUUUAAAAUAAGUUUUGUUGCAUUUAGAUUUUAUGUCACUAUAUUGCCUUUAGGCUUCAUAGAAAAGUUCUAUUGAUCUUCCAUGAUGAAAUAAAUAACAUUUUUACUUGUACAUUUUAUUUGUGCAAAAAUAAAUUAUAAACAAGUGCAGAACAAUAAUCUGUUUAAGAUAAGAUUUAUCAAGCCGCAUGUAAAAAAAUGUUAACAAUUAUUGUUAUACAUUCAGGUCAAUCUUAAAAAAUAAUGUUUUGCACUGUCACUGUUUUGGUUAUUGCCUUUACGUUUCUAUACAAAUGUCUCUCAUAUUUGGCAUUGAACAAAAUAUACAUUUUACUUUGCAGAAAUUAAACAUGCAUAAUACAUUUAUUAAUUAAUAUAUUAUUAUUUUAUACUUAAAAUUGGUUGACAGGCAGAUCACUGAUUCUCUUUCUACCUCUGGUGUUAAAUGCAUUCCAGUAAACUGCAUUCUGGUACAUGUAUAAUACAUUCUGGUAUACUGCCUUCGGUAAACUAGAUUCUGGCAUACAAGCAUUCUGGUAUACCGGUAGGCCUACUGUGUUCUGGUAUACUAGCCACCUGUGAUAUAAGAUGUCUCAUACCUUGUGAUACAUAUUUUGUGCUCAUCUUGUAAACCCACCUUGAAAUGAUGUAUCUGAACAUCUUGUAAAUAAUUAUUAUAAUGGUAAGAGUGAAUAGUUCCUUAUUCUUUGUCUUUUAAGACAUUAUUUGAGGCCCAUUUUUAGCUCACGUGAGCUCAUGCUAAUAGUGAGCUUUUGUUAUUGUUUAAAUGUAAAAACUUCUGUUAACUGCUUGUUAGUGAUUAACCUUGGCAGCUUUGUCAUAGCACCAAUGGUUCAUCCAAAUAUGCUUUGUAAUUCAAUUCACAAUGAUGCAUUUAGUCGUUCUGAACAUAAUUAUAAAGUGCAUGACUUGUUAAAACUUGAACUGCAAACAAGACCAUAGGACAUUGACCAGCGUUGGCAAAGACCUAUUCUAGUGAUUAAACCAAUGGUCAAUUAAAACAUAGUUGAUAAUAUGGUUUUUACAACUUAGGAAACAAGUUAUUUAAAGGUAGGGUAGUUUAGAAAUGGUUCAAAACCAUGAUCUAUUGUUUUGUAUUUUCCUGUGUAGACUGGUUAGAAUAUUUUUCUGUAAUGCUGUAUGAAUCCUGAUAAUAUAAAAGCAUACAAUUUGACAUUAAACUUCACCAGAUUUCUGUUGAGAUAGUUCAGCUAUUUAACAACCAAUAUCUUUCUCUGAUCCAAGAUAAAAAUCAAUACAAAAAAAUAUUCUACAAAAUUUUGUAAAAUAAAAUUUAAGUCAUUUCUCGAUUGACAGAAUUCAGUGUACAGACUUAAUUAUUGGUUUUAAUACCAAUUUGCAAUGUAUGGUUAAAAUAAAACGCCAUUUGCAUUAUUUUUGUUCCCUACCGGUGAAACCGGAGGUGAUUUAAGGUUUGCACUCUGUGUGUCCGUGAGUCUGUCAGUCAGUCAGUCAGUCUGUCACAUUUUUCGGUAUCCUGCGAUUACUUUAAAAGUUCUUCACAUUUUUUCAUGAAACUUGAAACAUGGAUAGAUGGAAAUAUGGAGAUUAUGCAUGGCAACAAAUAUAUAUAAAAAAAAUCUGACAAUGGUGGAGUUUCACCAGUAGGGGACCAUAUUGCUUGAUAACAGUCUUGUUUUACCUGAAGUUUCAAUCAAUAGGUGUUAAAGAAUGGUAAGAAAAUUCACACUGCCAUAUGGUUAAUAUAUUUAACUAAGUUGAAUAGGACAUACUGGGUUACAAGUACAGAUUGCCUUAAAUGAUUGCAAAAACAUUGUAACAUGAUCAUGUUUUCUUCAUUAAAUUGUGUACAUACAUGCAUGAUUUAGUGCUGAACUGCUUGCUGUACAUUAAAAUGUAUAUGAUACUUUUGUGCUACUAAAUUUUUAUUAUUCAGACUAGCAUGAACAAGCCAAUGCUCUAUUAAAAUAUGAAAAUGUC